AUGCGUUGCGGCAUGUCUUGUGCUGGUAGGUAUUCUAUCUGGUUAAGAAGCCCACCGAGAGUGAGGGAGAUAGACGCUCGGGACGCUUCUGCGGCGAACGCCAUGUCAACGUGGGAAGCGCGCCGCGUCCAGGCCAUAGAUUACGGGCUUGAGGUAAAGUCCCAACCGCGCCCGGCUUGCCGUUUUAAGCAGACGCAGAAAUUCCUGGGCUCACACUGGGCUGGACUAGACGAUGCCAAGGACCAAGGUAGGACAUCGAGCAUAGGGGCCGCUAGUGCUGGUCAGGGACCCAAGGCUACCCGAGAGGAGGCAAGUGCCUACCUACCUUCACCUACCCAAAGGUACCUUAACUCGACUCGAGCAGGUGCUACUGGUGUUGACCGUGUUUGUUCCUUCCUCAGUCGCAGUGGACUAUUCGUACAGGCCAAACCCCGUCUCCCCCGACGCCGACGUCCUUUCCACCUCAAACGGUCCACUGGGCCGUUUCCUGUUCCCAUGGACCGUCGCUGUUUCUGCCCUUUGCUAACCCGCCUUUGUGACUUUGUCUUCCCUGACCACCGACCACCACACACCACACACUAA